AUGACCUCCUUUGGACACUUUUUCGUUGAGGCUGAACAGGAACGUGCUGAAAUGGAGGCCAAAGUGAAGCAGCUUCGUGAAGAAGCUGCGCCUGUGAUGGCACGUUUUAUGGAGGCGGAGGUGUUGCGCACACAGAUUCAGGUCUGCAGUGAAGACUUGGUGCGGUUGAAGCAGGAAGUGGCUGAUUGCAAAGAGGAGCUGAAAGAAGGGCUACCGAAGCUUGCUGAGCUUGAGGAUGACGAGGCCGAAUGCGCUGGAGCGAUAGCGCAGCUGGAAGCCUCACACACCGAAGAGGUGCAGCUUCAGGGCUUUUCGGUGCAGCUGCGGUGCGAGAGUUGCCACAUGGCACACGGCAACAUGGGGACAUGGGGACACCUGAAAAGAAGGAUCUCACUGGCCUCUUUGUCGGAUUUGCCAGACACGGUGACGUUGACCAGGAAGCGUGCUCUCCGGAGAGCCAGAGCCGCUGCGAGGCGGCAGUGGUUUCUACAUCGCACAGGAGCUCUUUCCUUGGGAUUUACGGCCCUGGCCAGGAUUCGUCAAGUGCUUUCUGCCCACCACAGCCGAGACCACCAAUUCAUUGCCAGGCUCACAGCUGCAAUGGCUUUGGCAAAACAACCUUGGCGGUGUCGAGUUUGCUUCAAGAUUGCAAAGUCUUCGAUGCCAAGGUGUGCAUGGUGUGGCAAGACGUGGCAAGAGGUCAUGGACUAUACGUACCAGCCGGGCAGUGCCCAUGCAGCGCCUCCGGAGUCGAACACCCCGGACUGGCAUCCUGGUGCUUAUGGCCAUGGACAAGGUCGCCAUACCCCAAGACGAAAGUCCAGGAGAGGCAAACGAAAUGGAGGAGCCCAUCAACAAGGUGCACAGAAACAGGGUCAUUACGAUGCCAAUGCUCAUUAUUUCCCACCGGGAAAUUGGGUAGCUCCGCAUGGCCAUGGACCUUAUCCGCAUCCUGCGAUACCUCAGUCAAUGCCUGGGCCUUCGCAGCAGAAUAUGGCACCCCCUCCGCCACCACCAUUGCCCCAAGGGCCUAUGACUGCUCCGGAUCAGUUUUGGAUGCAACAGAUGCAGCAGAUGCCUGUGCUCAAUUCUGUGCAACCAGUUGGACCCAAGCCCACGAUGUCACCUGCGGAGGUUCAUUUGCAGAACAUCCUUGGCGCUUUGCGUCAAUCAGAGGACACUUGGACACCAGAAGUUCAACAAGCAGUCCAAAAAAUGGAUCACUCCAAUCUCCAGCUCAAUUUGGGCCAAGUCCAUGCCAGUGUGGACGAGAUUGGACGAGCAAAGACAGAGGUGGCAGAAGCCGAAGCUGCUCGUCUACGGCUCGUGACAUCCUGGCGAACCUUCUUGCAGUACAGCGUUUCUCGAUGGAAGGAGUAUGCUGGGCUCUUUCAGACUCAGGAGACAGCGAUCCAGGAGCAGAUUUCCUCGGCCAAGACCAAGCUUGCCCGUGCUCAGCGCCGCUUUGGCAAAACCUCAGAAGCGGUGCGGGACGCUCCUAUUCCGAUCUCCGACGAGGAGGACAACAAUCCCGAGUUGAAGCAGGUCAAGGACGAAGAGAUGCGUUCAGAAGCAACGCAGAAGAUCGCAGCGGGCUUGACACAGGUUGUUCACUCCCUACAAGAGUUGACGGACCACGCCGAGGCAGAAGAGCGCAAAGCCAAACGUUUGCGCAAAUCAGGCGAAGAGUCAGGGGGAGAAGGCCUUCCACCAACUCCUGUGUCAUCGCUGCCUUCUAUGCAGCCUUUUGGCACGCCCGGUGCGAUGUGA